AUGGCCUGUCUGAUGGCCGCCUGGUCCGUCCACAACCCGUCCGUCACCAACUCCAUCAUCAUGAACACCAAUGGGCCCCCGGACCUCAUGUUGGACCCCCGGACGGUGUGUGUCUGUCUGGACGAGGUGGUGAACAAGCGGCCAAUCAGCAGCCAGCAGAUGCCACUGCUGCAGGGUCACCUGAAGAAGGUCGACAACAACCUGACGGAGGCGCAGAGGUUCUCCUCGUUACCACGGAGACCGGCCGUCAACAUCGAGUUCAAAGACGUUUCGUACUCCGUCAGAGAAGGACCGUGGUGGAGGAAGAAAGGUUACAAAACUCUGCUGAAAGGAAUCUCUGGGAAAUUCACCAGCGGGAACCUGGUGGCCAUCAUGGGGCCCUCCGGAGCCGGAAAAUCCACCCUCAUGAAUAUCCUGGCCGGAUACAGGGAAACGGGCAUGAAGGGAGAGAUCCUGAUCAACAGUCAGCCCAGAGACCUGCGCUCCUUCAGGAAGGUUUCCUGUUACAUCAUGCAGGACGACAUGCUGCUGCCUCACCUCACUGUGCAGGAGGCCAUGAUGGUUUCAGCCAACCUGAAGCUGCAGGAGAAGGUGGAGGCUCGCAGAGAGAUGGUCCAGGAGAUCCUGACGGCUCUGGGUUUACUGGACUGUGCCAGGACCAGAACAUCCCACCUGUCGGGGGGGCAGAGGAAGAGACUGGCCAUCGCUCUGGAGCUCGUCAACAACCCACCAGUCAUGUUCUUUGAUGAACCCACCAGUGGGUUGGACAGCUCGUCCUGUUUCCAGGUGGUGUCUCUGUUGAAAGCUCUGGCUCAGGGAGGACGCACCGUCAUCUGCACCAUCCACCAGCCCAGCGCCAAACUGUUCGAACUCUUCGACAAGCUCUAUGUGCUGAGUCAGGGUCAGUGUAUCUACAGAGGGAGGGUCUCCAGUCUGGUUCCCUACCUGAGAGACCUCGACCUCAACUGCCCCACCUACCACAACCCUGCCGACUUCGUGAUGGAGGUGGCGUCGGGGGAGUAUGGAGACCAGAUGGUGCGUCUGGUGAAAGCCGUCCAGGACAGGAAGUGUGAGAAGGAGAACCAGACGGAGCUGAACGGAGACACCAACCUCCACCCGCUCCUGUGGCAGAGAGCAGAGGAGGAGACGUCCUCAGAAGGCUGCCACAGUUUCUCAGCCAGCUGUCUGACUCAGUUCUUCAUCCUGUUCAGAAGAACGUUUCUCAGCAUCCUCAGAGACUCGGUGCUGACUCACCUUAGGAUCUCCUCCCACAUUGGGAUCGGCGUUCUGAUUGGUCUACUGUACCUGGGCAUCGGGAACGAGGCCAAGAAGGUUCUCAGUAACUCUGGGUUCCUGUUCUUCUCCAUGUUGUUCCUCAUGUUCGCUGCUCUGAUGCCCACAGUGCUCACCUUUCCUCUGGAGAUGGGAGUGUUUCUGAGAGAACAUCUGAACUACUGGUACAGUCUGAAGGCUUAUUAUCUGGCUAAGACCAUGGCAGACGUCCCCUUCCAGGUAGUAUUCCCGCUGGUGUACUGCAGUAUCGUGUACUGGAUGACGUCUCAGCCGCCGGACGCGGCCCGGUUCUUCCUCUUCCUGUCUUUGGGGGUCUUGACGUCUCUGGUGGCUCAGAGUCUGGGUCUGCUGAUCGGAGCCGCCUCCACCUCGCUGCAGGUGGCGACCUUCGUGGGUCCGGUGACGGCGAUCCCGGUUCUGCUGUUCUCCGGGUUCUUCGUCAGCUUCGACACCAUCCCCUGGUACCUGCAGUGGAUGUCCUACAUCUCCUAUGUCAGGUACGGCUUCGAAGGCGUCAUCCUGUCCAUCUACGGUCUGGACCGGGAGGACCUGCACUGCGACCCACAUGAGACCUGCCACUUCCAGAAGUCCGACGCGAUCCUGAAGGAGCUCGACAUGCUGGACGCCAAACUCUACCUGGACUUCAUCGUCCUCGCCUUCUUCUUCUUCUCUCUGCGGCUUAUCGCGUACUUCGUCCUCCGGUACAAGAUCAGCGCUGAGAGAUAG